UGUGGUCUUAUUGUGUCUUCAGGUUUAGGUAUACGCCCGCGGACACCUCCUUGGGGGACCCGCAUGUUUGACCUGGGCAGCAGAGAGCCGGCUCCUGCUCAGAGAACGCACAAAGAUGAGUCUGCGGACGACCAAGAUGGUGCCAGUGUCGCGGACACCGAAACGACAGAUAUCAGCGGCACGAGUGAAACGACUUCCCAGGGAAGCCUGACCAGCGUUGACUGAAUCAGCUGCGUUGACCGUGGUCUGGAGUACGCUGGUUCCCGCGUUCGUUAUUAGCUUUCGUCUGUUGGACCUGUUGGACCUUCUGCUACGGUAUCCUCCACAUGUUCGCCUUACCUCCUGCAUGCAUAUCGUAUGGGAAAGUUUUUGAGGGUUCUGCUGCUCGUGACUCUCAAAGUUCGCAUGUGGUGGAAUCUCACAGGAGGCUCGAUGCGGACCUGCUUUCUCAUGACAUGAAGAGGCUCCCACACGUCGCUCCUGGCAGAUAGUUUUAGUUGCGUACAUAAGCACGUUCUUGGUUUCAAGGCCCUGUUGCCAGUGCUUGUUCAUUUUACAAAGUGACGACGACCACGACACACACAAUGGCACCUCCCGGCUUCCUCCUCGUCUUCUCCGACCCGGGCACAGCUGUCACCCAGGAGGAGUUCACGGACUGGUACGACAACGAGCACGUACCACUGCGGAUCGACGUUCCCGCGUUUCAGAGCUGGGCGCGCUGGGAGGCGAUCGACGGCGAGAAGCCCGUAUGGGCGGCGUCUUACGACCUCGCGUCGUACGAGGCGACGCAGCAGCCGCCGUACACCACACUCGCAGAGACGCGCAGCGUGCGCGAGAAGCGCGUGCUUCAGGAUAUCGCUGUGCUUGAGCGACGCACGUACGAGCUCCUGGAUGCCCCGGUCCCGCCGCCCGCUGCGCAGUACGACCCGAAGAAGCCGUCGCGCUACAUCAGCUUCGUCUCUUUCGACGUGACUCAACCCGGCGGCGACGAGGUUCUGAACCGGUGGUAUGAUGAGGAGCAUAUCCCGAUGCUAUCGCAAUUAGAGGGCUGGGUGCGCAGCAGGAGGUUCGUCUUGAAGGAUUGGACGAGGUCGGGAGUCGAGGGGAAAAAGGACCUCACGCCGGUGGCCAAAUAUCUUGCGGUGCACGAGUGGGAGACUGUUGAUGCUGUCAACUCCCCCGAGGCGCAGCAGUCAUUCCGCACACCCCUGAGAGCGGAGAUGGAGAAGGUGGCUGUAAGGAGAGAGCGGAGGACGCUAGAAUACUACAAGCAUUGGGAGAGAUGAUGUGUUCUAGCCAGUCUGACUGUGAAGAGCGUACUGCAGCUUUGUCGUAUGUUAUCGAAUAACAUGUACAAUACUUGGAGAUACUGGUCGCGGGGCCGACAACGAUGAACGAACUUUGACAACU